CAUAUUAUUCCCUGUGCUUCAUUCAGUCCCUUGAGAUUGGGAAGCAUUGGUGGCUAGCUAAGCGAAGCUAAAACCAAACUCUUCAGCAGUUUGUUUUUGCUUAGCUUCUUCUUCUGUUUUUGCUUUCUCCACCACCACAACCACCAUGUAUUCUGCCACUGCCUCCAACACUUUCUUCCUUCUCUCUUGUUUCCUUCUCUUCUGUCUCCUCUCAGCUCCUUCCUGUGUUUCCAUGUUCUCUGGUAUUGAGACAGGAGAUUUAGAAAAAAGAGAUGAUUUGUUUCCACAGAUUCUAAGAGACGAGGCAGUUGCAAGGCUUUAUGAGCUUGGGAAGGUGAGUGAUGCUAGUGGUUAUUUGGAGAGGACAUUCUUGAGUCCUGCAUCCAUGAAGGCAAUUGAUCUUAUUCGUAAAUGGAUGGAGGAUGCUGGUUUGAGAACUUGGGUGGACCAAAUGGGAAAUGUACAUGGUCGAGUUGAUGGUGCAAAUGAAAAUGCUGAAGCUUUAUUGAUUGGAUCUCACAUGGACACUGUUGUUGAUGCUGGGAUGUUUGAUGGAUCACUAGGAAUUGUCUCUGCAAUAUCUGCCGUGAAGGCUAUGCAUGUCAAUGGAAAGCUGCAAAAGCUAAAGCGCCCCGUUGAGGUGAUUGCAUUUAGUGAUGAAGAGGGUGUCAGAUUUCAAACUACUUUCUUGGGAAGUGGUGCUAUAGCUGGUAUUUUACCUGGUACAACAUUGGAGAUAUCUGAUAAGAGGGAGGUGAUGAUUAAAGAUUUUCUCAAGGAGAACUCAAUGGACAUUACAGAAGAAAGUCUUUUAAAGCUCAAGUAUGACCCAAAGUCUAUUUGGGGUUAUGUUGAGGUUCACAUUGAGCAGGGUCCUGUGCUAGAACAAGUUGGUUUCCCACUUGGUGUGGUUAAAGGCAUAGCUGGGCAGACACGAUUGAAGGUUACAGUUAGAGGUUCACAAGGUCAUGCUGGAACUGUUCCAAUGUCCAUGCGCCAGGAUCCUAUGGCUGCUGCUGCGGAACAAAUUGUAGUCUUGGAAAGCCUCUGUAAACACCCUGAAGAAUAUCUUUCUUAUGAUGGUCAUUGCAGUGAUUCAACAGUGAAAUCACUGUCAAGCUCACUUGUUUGUACUGUUGGGGAGAUAUCAACAUGGCCAAGUGCCAGUAAUGUCAUUCCAGGCCAGGUUACAUAUACCGUGGAUAUACGAGCGAUAGAUGACCUUGGACGUGAAGCUGUUAUCUAUGAUUUAUCGAAACAAAUUUACCAAAUAUGUGACAAGCGUUCAGUUUCCUGCAUUAUUGAGCACAAGCAUGAUGCAGGUGCUGUGAUUUGUGAUUCGGAUCUAAGUUCACAGCUCAAGUCAGCAGCUUAUUCUGCACUCAAGAAGAUGGAGGGUGACAUUCAGGAUGAAGUGCCAACAUUAAUGAGCGGAGCAGGGCAUGAUGCAAUGGCAAUAUCUCACUUAACAAAGGUGGGAAUGCUGUUUGUGCGUUGUCGCGGAGGCAUAAGUCACUCUCCACAAGAGCAUGUGCUAGAUAAUGAUGUCUGGGCAGCUGGUUUAGCAACCUUGUCAUUUCUGGAAAACCUAUCAUAAGUGAUACGGUAACUGUGUAAAGCAAUAAAUAGAUAUUAUAGCUUGUAAUUAUAGGUUAAUUUAUUGAGUUAAUUCAUGAGUUAACUCUUUUCUUUUAGUUGCUUGUGUCUUAUAGUUUUGUAAUUGAAUUUUUGGUUUUAGUUAUCCUGUUAUCAGGAAACGGCUCCAAGUUGUUAUGCAUGUUCUUUGCCACUGUCAGAUUAAAACUUAUGACUGAUUUUAUUUUUGAAUUUAAUAGGUAUAUACUAUUUAGUGUAAA